CCCUGGGGAGCACACUGAGCUCGUCACAUCCCCAAAGCGGCCGAACACUCUGCACCCAACCAGCUCAGGUCCAAUCCCAGAGGCCCCAUGGAGUUCCCUGGCCUAGGGUCCCUGGGGUCCUCAGAGCCCCUGCCCCAGUUUGUGGAUCCCUCCCUGGUGCCCUCAUCACCAGAGUCAGGGGUCUUCUUUCCCUCUGGGCCAGAGGGCUUGGAUGCAUCUACUUCCUCCACGACUUCAGGCACCGCCAGUGCAGCCGCAGCAGCUCUGGCCUACUACAGAGAUGCUGAGGCCUACAGACAUUCCUCAGUCUUUCAGGUGUACCCACUGCUCAAUUGUAUGGAGGGGAUCCCAGGGACCUCGCCCUAUGCCAGCUGGGCCUACAGCAAGACUGGACUCUAUCCGGCUUCAACUGUGUGCCCUGCCCGUGAGGACUCUCCUCCCCAGGCCCCUGAAGACCCCGAGGGGAAAGGAGGAAGCAGCUUCCUGGAGACCCUAAAGACAGAACGGCUGAGUCCAGACCUCCUGACCCUGGGUCCUGCUCUGCCUUCAUCUAUCCCUGUCCCUAGCAGUGCCUAUGGGGCCCCUGAUUUUUCUAGUACCUUCUUUUCUCCCACUGGGAGUCCCCUCAAUCCAGCAACCUAUUCUUCCCCCAAGCUUCGUGGAACCCUGCCCCUGACCUCAUUUGAGGCCAGGGAGUGUGUGAAUUGUGGUGCAACAGCCACUCCACUGUGGCGGCGGGACAGAACAGGCCACUACCUGUGUAAUGCCUGCGGCCUCUAUCACAAGAUGAAUGGGCAAAACCGGCCCCUCAUCCGACCCAAGAAGCGCCUGAUUGUCAGCAAACGGGCAGGUACCCAGUGCACCAACUGCCAGACAACCACCACGACGCUGUGGCGGAGAAAUGCCAGUGGGGAUCCUGUGUGCAAUGCCUGCGGCCUCUACUACAAGCUCCAUCAGGUGAACCGGCCCCUGACCAUGCGGAAGGAUGGUAUUCAGACACGAAACCGCAAGGCAUCCGGCAAAGGGAAAAAGAAGCGGAGCUCGAGCCUAGGAGGCGCAGCUGCCACCACCGAAGGAGCAGCCAGUGGCUUCAUGGUGGUGGCUGGGGGCAACGGGAGUGGCAAUUGUGGGGAGGUAGCCUCAGGCUUGACAUUGGGCCCAUCCGGUACUGCUCAUCUUUACCAAGGCCUGGGUCCUGUGGUACUGUCUGGGCCUGUGAGCCACCUUAUGCCUUUCCCGGCACCCCUGUUGGGCUCCCCCACAGGCUCUUUCCCCACGGGCCCCGUGCCACCCACCACCACUGCCACCACUGUGGUCGCACCGCUCAGCUCCUGAGGGCACAGGCAUGCUUUGGGGCGAGGGGUGGUGUCCCUCUCCUCAA